AUGACCCAGCAGUGGAGCCCAAUGAACAAUGUGACCAGUCUGAAAGGAAAGAUUGCCGUUGUUACGGGUGGGAACAGCGAUAUAGGUCGCGAAAUAGCAAGGCUUCUCGCACAGAAGAGCGCAAAAGUCUACUUUACCACACGCUCUGAAGCAAAAGCCAUUGAGGCACGCAAGACGAUUCUGGACGCUCACCCUGAUAUCGACUCCGAGAAUCUGCAGUGGAUGACGAUGGAUCUCACCGAUAUCCGGAGUGUGACGUCUGCUGCUGGAAAGCUGAAGGAGAAGGAGUCCAAGGUGGAUAUACUAGUCCAUAAUGCUGCCGCGGCAACAACCUCUACUGAACUUGUUGGGCCUGGUUGGGAGGUACACAUGGCUACCAAUUUCAUCGGCCCCUUUCUCUUCACCAACCGCUUGCUUCCCCUGCUGAAGAACGCCCUCCAGGCCAAAGACGCCGACGUUCGAGUUAUCACAAUGAGCUCAAGUGCCCAAACAGCAAUGGUCCCAAGCAGCUUCCAAUUAAACUUCACUACUCCUGACUGUUUCCAUAAUCCAGUCCCGUCACCCCCAUGGCAAUGGCGCUAUCUCGGCCGCUUCAUUUUCGGUUUCGAUACGACCCGCUACGGCGUAUCCAAAGCAGCCAAUCUAAUCUUCGCCCAGGAACUACAGAACCGAAUGGACGAACAGAAUUUGCCGAUUCUUUCCAUUGCGGUACAUCCGGUGAACUUGGUAAAGACAAUUGCGCGUUGGACUUUCAUCUCCCCAGAGCAGGGCGCUGUUACGCCCGUCUUCGCAGCUGCCUCUAAGGAGAUCCGUCAGGAUCCCUCCAAGUAUAAGGGUAGGUUCGUGUUCCCUGUUGGGAGAAUUGGAAAUCCGAAUCCAGCCGCAUCGAGUGAGGAGCAAGUCACGGGUUUAUGGCGCAACGCCACUGAGGAAGUGAAUGCGCAGCUUCGUGCUCGUGGAUUGCCGAGUCUUCAACCAUGGUACUAA